AUGCCAGAAGGCUACAUCUCACAGCGGGCGUUGUCCAAUCUGAUCCCCCCGACACCGGACCUGCACGCCAUCCGCGCCCACUGCUUCUACAACCAGUACGACCCGGUAACCAACCCGGGCGGCAUCGUCGCGCUGGCCAUUGCAGAGAACAAGCUCAUGCGCGACGAGAUCUGCGAACAUAUCAACAAACACAUGAACAUCAACCCCUGGCACUUGACGUACGGCCACGGGCCGGCCGGGGCACUUGAGCUGCGCAAGGCGGUGGCCGGAUUCGUGCGCGAGGUGUUUAGGCCGAGCAUGAACAUCGACGAGAAGAACAUCUGUAUCUGUCUCGGGGCGGGCAACGCGGUGGAUAAUCUCUCCUUCUGUCUUGGGAAGCCCGGUGAUGGCAUCCUCGUGGGCAGGCCGCUUUAUGUGGGAUUUUUCCCGGACAUCGAGGCCAGGGCUAAAGUCAAGCCGGUCCUUGUCCCUUUCGGCGCAGAUACAGAUCCCACCUCGGCGGCAGCGGUCCCUUUCUACGAGGCCGCUCUACUGCAAUCCAAUGCCGCGGGUGUACCCAUCAGGGCAAUCCUCCUUUCCAACCCGCAUAACCCGCUCGGGAGACCCUACGAAAAUGACUUCCUCAUCGGCAUCAUGCGGCUCUGCUCAAAGCACAAUAUCCACCUGAUCUCCGACGAGGUCUACGCACGCUCGAACUUCCCCAGCACCGAUAUUCCCACCCCACCUCCUUUCGUCUCAGUCCUGUCGUUCAACCUGGAUCAGUACAUCGACCCGUCGCUGGUCCACGUGAUCUACGCAAUGAGCAAGGACUUUUGCGCCAACGGGAUCCGCAUCGGUGCUCUAAUCUCUCCUUCCAACGGCACGGUGAUGAAAUGCUUCCGCGCCGUCGCGAGUUUCAGCCGCGCAUCCCAGCUCGCCGAACACGCUUGGCUGAACUUACUCAACGACGGACCCUUUCUGGACACUUACUUCCCGCUCCUCCAACGCAGGAUGACGGACGCGUACGAAUUCACCACCUCGUUCCUGAAACAGCACCGCAUUCCGUACAACAAGGCGAGCGUGACGAGUUUCGUCUGGGUCGAUUUGAGUAGGUAUCUCAAGGAGGACAGCGUCGAGGCCGAACUGGAGCUGAACUGGAAAAUGGCCCACGGGGGUGUGUGGUUGGCCAUGGGGGCGAGCUUUGCCAGCGAAAGGAAUGGCAAUUUUAGAAUCACCUUUGCAACGCCCAGGGAGGAGCUGAGGAUGGGAUUGGAAAGGUAA